ACUCGACAGGCCAAGUAUUCUCACUGCGCAUGACCAUCCUCCGGCAAUGGCUCUUCACAUCCUCUUCACAUGGCUUGCUCUUUCCCUUCCUCUCCUCCUCCUCCUCCUCCUCUCAGUGAAAAACUUCAAUAACAAAAAGAAGAACCUCCCUCCAGGGCCUCCAUCACUUCCCAUCAUAGGCAACUUCCACCAGCUCGCCCUGCCUCAUCAGUCUCUGUGGAAACUCUCCAGACGAUAUGGCCCCGUCAUGCUCAUCCGCCUCGGUGGCACCCCUACCAUCGUAAUCUCCUCCCCUGAUGCUGCCAGGGAGGUCCUCAAGACCCACGACCUUGAUAGUUGCAGUCGCCCGCAGAUGGUCGGCACGGGACGCCUCUCCUAUGAUUCCCUCGACGUGGCCUUCGUGGAGUACGGCGAUUACUGGAGGGAGUUAAGGACGCUGUGUGUGCUCGAGCUGUUUAGCAUGAAGCGAGUCCAGUCCUUCCGAUACAUCAGGGAAGAGGAGGUGGGAUCUAUGAUCGAAUCGAUCGCAAAAUCAGCAGAGAGCGGAACUCCGGUUAAUAUGAGCGAGAAGUUCAUGGCUCUGACGGCUAACUUCACUUGCAGGGUCGCAUUUGGGAAGCCAUUUCAGGGGACGGAGUUGGAAGACGAAGGGUUCAUGGAUAUGGUUCACGAGGGAAUGGCGAUGUUGGGAAGCUUCUCGGCAUCUGAUUUUCCUCGACUCGGCUGGAUUGUGGACAGGUUCACGGGGCUCCAUUCGAGGUUGGAGAAGAGCUUUCGCAAUUUGGACGAUCUCUAUCAGAAGGUGAUCGAAGAGCAUCGGAAUGCGAAUAAGAGCAACGAGGGAAAGGAGGACAUUGUCGAUGUGCUGCUGAAGAUGGAGAAAGAUCAGACUGAGCUCGCGGGGGUCCGGCUCAAGGAAGAUAACAUCAAGGCCAUCUUGAUGAAUAUAUUUCUCGGAGGAGUGGACACCGGUGCAGUUGUCAUGGACUGGACAAUGGCUGAGCUCGCUAGGAACCCGAGGGUGAUGCGAAAAGCUCGAGAGGAAAUCCGAAGUUGCGUUGGAAACAAGAAAUGGGUCGUAGAAGAGGACCUCAGCGGGCUCAAAUAUUUGAAGUUAGUUCUUAAAGAAGUUAUGAGGCUACACCCUCCAGGUGUUCUACUCAUACCAAGGGAAACCAUUGGCCACUUCAAGCUAUCUGGCUACGAUGUCGACCCGAAGAGCUGUGUCUACGUGAAUGCGUGGGGCAUGGGACGGGACCCAGGACUGUGGGAGCGUCCGGAGGAGUUUGUGCCGGAGAGGUUCGAGGACAGUCCAAUCGAUUACAAGGGGAAUCAUUUCGAGCUGAUACCAUUUGGGGCCGGGCGGAGGCGAUGCCCUGGGAUGUCGAUGGUCAUGGCGAUGAUCGAGCUGGCGCUUGCCAAUGUCUUGCACUCCUUCGAUUGGGAAUUGCCGGAGGGAAUGACAGAGGGAGAUGUGAACAUGGAAGAAGGGGCUGGCCUAGCCGUGUUCAAGAAAGUGCCUCUCACUCUGUUGCCGAUAAAGGCAUCGCAUAAAAUUGACGCAUGACGGAAGUGUCGACAAAUGUAAAACAUCAUGUUUCACAACGUCUUGUACUUGAUUAUGAUCAAGCGUCUUAAAAUUGUACGGUACAAUAUUCUAGUAUGCAACAUCUCCAUAUAUAUGGAAAAUAAGACUCGUUGAGUAUAUUGUCUCCAGGGCAAAUAAUAAACAGACCCAUUAGAGGAAUUUGUGCAUUGUGAUUAUUGAAGGGGGACCAUCAGUUGA